ACAAAAUUAUUACCAAUUAUUAUCCGUUCUUACUAAUUUGGUAUUUAUUUCGUGAAAAAUAAUCUAUUUUAUAUUUACGAUAUUAAAUCAAAAAAAAUGGUUUACGCAAUUAAUGUAGAACAUCUGAUUCAAAUGGCUAUUGAUGCCAAAAAUGACGUUUAUACUGGAAUUCAUGACACUUUAACAAUACCACUGAACUAUGAUUUUGAAGUGACGUUUGAUGAAGAAUACGAUGAAUUUUUACGUAUUGAACGACCACAAUCUACAUUAAAAACAAAAGCUCGUCCAUGCCUAAAGCACGAGACUUUGAAGAAUCUGGAGUAAGUGCAGACAAUUUUUUAUAAAUUGAUCGUUUAUUAGUCCCAAAUCGGGAUGAGUGAUCAUUUCCGCAUAUUAUAAUAUAUUUUAUAGUUUUUAAAGCCAUUUUAAGGAUUUUUAUCGUUAAAAUGUAUGUUUAUACAUUAAACAUAAUAUUAAUAACUCAAAAACUAAACAUAUUCAAACUUUGAUUUAAGUACAACAGAAUUUUAAAAAUAAACUCAUACAAGUACUUACUAAUAUAAAGUAAGAAAAAUGGAUGUUAUUUGAAAAAAUAACUUUAAUCUGAGUUAUUUUUAUUAUUAAAAUUUAAAAAAUGAUAAAGUGUAUCACGAAUAACAUAAUUUAGAAGUAGUUAUCUGGUCGCGAUCUAAGUUGACCUAUUAAUGAAUUUAAAAAUAAUUUAAUACAACCGUUUAUAUUAUUAUGUAUUCAUAAGAACUUCAAUAAUUGUUUAGAUGUUGGAGAUGAAUGGAGAAUAUGAUGAUAACCCAAUUAAUGUAGAACAUCUGAUUCAGAUGGCUAUUUCGAAUAACAUUUUAUAUAUUCUGUAUAAUCAGAAUUUGCCCCUGUUAAAUUUAGAAUUACCCACUGUACCUCGCGGGAAGUUUAGCUAGUUUAAUCUACAAUAAUAUUCUAUUAUUAAUAUUUGAGGAUGCACUUGGGAAAUUCAAUAGGUAUCAAAAAAUGUUUAUAAUAUAAGAGCUAUACAUAGAUAUAUACAACGGGUAUCGAAAUGUUGGCUAACCUAACGAUAUUUAGAUUUGAGUAAAAUCAGUUCAGUUGUAAUCAUAGAUUGUAGAAAAAUAUGGACUAUAGUUAGGUUAGGUAAAUACAUGAUUUAAGAGACUAUAGUGAGUAAAUUUAAAAACAAAAAAUAAUGAUUUCGACAUAGGAUGGCAGGGUUUCAAUCUUUUUAUACACCUCUACUGCGUACACCCCUAUCGAGUUUUUUAUAGGUACAUUUAUCUACGUUUACCCUUUAUGACCCUUUAUUUUUAUCAUACUUGGGCAUACGUAAGUCAAUUUUCAUAAUAGCAUUGAUUUCUUAUAUUUUUUAAUUCAUUACAGUCGCAUGAGAGAUCUGUUUCUAAUGAAGAAUGCAAAAAAAAGUAAAAACAAAUCAUUUUUAGGAUACUCUUUAUAUUAUAGAUGUAAGACAUAUCUAUUUAUCUAUUUUUAAGAUCAACGAAUUCAAUUGAGACUGAAGCUACCAUGCAUGAUACGAUCAAAACUAUGCAGGAGCAAUUGAAUGCAUUAACAUUGAGGUUCAAUGAAUUUCAAAUUACACAAAAUGUUACAACAUCGAAUUUGACGUUUCCAGAUCCUGAAAACGAUCCCGAAUCAAUAAAUGCAUAAACUAUAAUUGUCUGAUCAACUUAUAGUCCAGGCAAAUUAAAUAAAAUAGCGGAAAAAAAAGCAGGAAAGCUGAAUUUUGUUCACAGAACACAAAAAAUGUAGAACGCCUAAAGCGCUCCAAUAAAACAUGUUCUAUGGAAAUAAUAUUUAAUGAAACAAUGCGGAGUACAGUUAACCAAGAGUUAUUUUUAGCAAAUGAAAAAAAUAAAACAAGAUUAAUUCACAUGUUAACAAACAAAUUUAAAAAUUCUAAUAUAACAGUUAAUCAAGCCUUAGACAAUGCAGAUACUUUGAUCGUGAAUACUGCCAUUGAUUUAUCGUUAACAAAUGAAACAGUUGUAAUAGUUGGUGAAGGGAAAGGUACAAUUGAAAGAAGAAUUUAUUCAACUAAUAGCUUACAAUCACCAAAAGAUACAAAAAAAUCAAUUUUAUUUGUACAUGCAUUUUUUGGUUGUGACACGACUUCUUCAUUUUAUAGAAAAGAUAAUAUAUGUAAGGCAGGUGAAAUGUUUAUUCUUGCACUGUAUAAUGCCAGUGAAAAAGAAACAAACCUCAAUAACUACCGUUAUCAAUGUUUCGCAAAAAACGUAUCCAGCAGUAAAAAUGUGUUAUUAACAAUUCCACCUUCUGAAGCAGCUGCGCGAGAACAUUCAUUUCGAGUAUACCAUCAAAUUCAAAUGUGGCUGGGAAAUGAAAAAAUACCAGUAGAAUGGGGUUGGCAUCUAAAAAGUUGCACUGCUAGUUGUGGAUGCCGAAAACAUGGUUUAAAAUGUUCUACAAUCUGCGGAUACUGCAAAAGAAAUUCAUGCCUUAAUGCGAUGGAAGCUAUUGAUGAAAAUGAUAUUGAAUCAAUAUCAGAUGAAGGCAACAAAUCAAAAAAAGAAGCAGAUGAAAUAACCGCUGCUAAUCAGGAAUGCGAAGGAAAAUCGUUUGAAAGAUUAUCAGUAGAGACCGAAUAUAAUUCAAUUUCAACAUUUUCAUCAGAACCCGAGAUAAUAAAAGAGAUAGAGGAGGAAAAACCACCAUUUAAUGUGAAAACAUUUUUAGAAGAACAAAAGGAAUAUUAUAUUUAUAAUAACGAUCGAAAAGUAAUUGAAGAAAUUAUGGAACAUCUAUUAAAUGAAAAUAAAAAUCGUUGUUGCGCUAUGCAAAAAUUUAAAAAAAGCAUAAAAGAUAUUCCUAAUGAUAAUUAUAAUGAUUAUGAAAACGAAGAAAUUGACAUAGAACAAAAAUUCAUAAACUCAGACAUUGAUUCACUGUUUACAGUUAAAAAACGUAAAUUCGAUCCAUCAAAACAAGAAGAUAAUUUGAAAAGGUUGGAUAUAAGUUCCAAAGGAGAAGUAUACUUAGAUAUUUUUGGGAGAAGUCAAAAGAGGGAGGAUCUAUUUUUGUCAUUGUCGAUACGAGAUUUCCACGAAUCCGAUGAUCCAAAAUGCUUUUUACCUAUAAAUUAUUCAUGUUUAAUAAAUACAUAGGCAGUACCGAAAGGACAUAAGUGGCUUAAAAUUUGGUGCUAAAAAAGUGUGGAUAUGAUUUUUGCAUUAUUCAUCAGAAAAGCUACUUCUAUUAAAGAAAGUAGAGAGAUCUUAGGCGAAAAAGGUAAAAACUUAUUGAUUAUUUCAAUAAUUAAAAACUACCGAGGCAUGUAAAACAUUCAAGAAAUCAUUGAAGCUUCUGAUGGUAUCAUGGUUGCUCGUGGUGAUAUGGGAAUUGAAAUCCCCCCAGAAAAGAAGCAGCGUGAAUUUCACAAGGGGUGGCAUAAGUGGUAGGAAGGGACAUGUGAGCAUGAUAUUCGUUAAUAUUUCUGUAAAUAUUACCACACGGCAUCAUGCUGUACAGUUCAAACCGUUGCCAAUUGUUACAAACGUAUUUUACGACACUUGACCGUAAAUUAUGCGUAUGAGAGACGGUGCUAUACAUGUGAUACGAAAGUGAAUAAAAUAAACAUGAACCGUCUCCCUCCACAUGCAGAGCACGGUGAGGUACCAUGACACCGCGAACGUCGAUGAGCUCCAUGUGUUUACGGACACCGUAAAUAUUUUAUAAUCUAUACUUACGUCCAAACUGCUGGUAGUGCGGAGUGCAAAUGAAAUGAACGUGUUUAAUGUAGAGGCACCGUGGCAACUAAUAAAUAGAGAGUAUUGGUGUACGCGCGAUGCAUGAGAUUAUUUUUAUCGAUAAACUUCUGGGAACAAUAGCAAUUAUUCUAGACGACGAACAAAAAGGAUAGGUUGAAGGUAGCUGGAAACCCGCGGGCCGCCGUGCCGCAAAAUACGUAUUGGCGGUGAAUAAUUGUAAUUGUUAAUUACUCCACUAAAACGCAACAUUUUUGAAAAUCCUUUGCACGGUGAAAAUAUGAGAAGAACCCCUAUUUCAAAUUUCAAGUCUGUACGUUGAGUAAUUUUUGAGAUACAAUGAUCAGUGA